GCGCACCGGAGCGGCAUCCCCAAACCACCACGAGCCCUUCGUUUCGUACGGCCUCCCAAAAAUCUCAAACCGUCUCACUCUCUCUCUCCUCGGGGGAAGGAAACCCCGCGCGGGGCGAGAGGAACCGGAGGAGGCGAAGGAUCUCGGCCGGAGGAGGUGGCUCCCGCCGUGGCCGUCCGAGAUGGAAUACAUACCCCCUGAGAGAAAUCUGGAGGGGAUUUGUGGAGAUCCUGGGCCAUUAUUUGGAGACCAAGAUGGUAGCCUGUUGGACCACUUGGAUUAUCAGGGAGGAGUUACACAACAUGAAUCUCCAGCACUGGAUGAAGGGCUUGUAGUUGAUCCAGCUGAUGCAAUUCCAUAUUUGUCUCCAGAUUCUCUACCCUUUAUGAAUGAUCAAAUCACAUGCAACGCUAUGAAAUCUGCUUCAACUAGUCCAGAAUCAUUGCUGAAGCAAGCUCAAGAACAGAAUGAUGCAGCUGAACUGAAUGUUCACAAUAGUAACUCUGAAGUACAGGUCACUUCUGUGGGUUGCGAUGCACAUCAGAAGACAGAAGUGAUUGGUGCAGUGUUUCCUCCAGAGCUUCCUGAAAGCAGUGGUAAUGAUACAUCAAACUUUCUACCAGAAACCACACCUUCUGAGGCCUAUCAUGGUGACUCUUUGUUAACUCAAAAUAGUAGUAGGGAUAGCCAACUUAACAAUAGUGGUGCUGAUGAUGACGAAAUUCCAAACUCUCCUGCGCUUCAGAUGGAAAAUGAGGACAUCAAAAAGUUACAUGUGACUUCUCACAAUGAAAAGAAUGGGUCAGAGGAUGAUCAAAUGAAUGGUAGGAAAUCUAGCCCCGUUGAUGGUUGGGACAAGGAGAACUUCAACGCUUCAGCUGCACCUUCCUCAUGGGAACAGACAGAGCAGGAAAUUCCUGAUACUAGAAAUGGAAGUUUAACUCCAGACAAUCGAUUGGAUUCUCCUCCUGAAAGGUUUGCUAGACUGGAAAGGGACAUGCCAUCUCCGGAUGGGAGGGUAUCUCCUGAAAGGUUUACAAGAUUGGAAAGGGACACACCAUCUUUAGACAGGAGGGUAUCACCUCCGGUUGAAAGUCCUCAUGCUCAUCAUUCUGAGAAGAUGGAGUCACAAUGUCCUGCCAAAGAUGUUGAUGAUUUAGCUUGUUCUGAAAGCCCACCAGCAAGACAGCGGUCCCGGUCUCCUGAAAAACGUGAUUCGAACCGCAAAAGAGCUUCUUCAAGGGAGUUAUCUCCACAUGCACGACAGAACUCUCCUGUAGAAAGGAAAAGACAAAGAGAGACUCGACAAGGUGAUGGGUCACCUCGGCGAAGAUCUGCAUCUCCCCGAAGAAGAUCCACACCACCUCGAAGGUCUUCAUCCCCUCGAAGAUCCUCACAGAAGAGGAGGGACUCACCAAGGAGGAGAGACUCACCUAGGAGGAGGGACUCACCGAGGAGGAGGGAUUCACCGAGGAAGAGAGACUCGCCAAGGAGGAGAGACUCACCGAGGAGAAGAGACUCCCCAAGGAGGAGGGAUAGGUCAAAAUCAAGGUCACCUUCAAGGAAAAGUGAUAUCUCUAGACAUAAAAGGGGAUAUGAUAGAUCUCGGUCAAGGUCUCCCCACUCAAGGGAUCGCCAUAGACGAUCUCCAAGAAGGCAUUCACCAAGGCGUAGAUCACCCCCACCAAGUCAUCGCCAUCAUUCACCAAGAAGACAUUGGUCACCACCUGCCAACAGGAAGACUGGAUUUGGUAAGCCUGGACGGAAUCUCUUUAUUGCAGGUUUUAGCUAUGCCACCACUGAGCAAGAUUUGGAGAAGAAAUUUUCAAAGUUUGGACGCGUAACAAGUGCACGUGUUGUUCGGGAUAAACGAUCUGGAGAUUCUCGAGGCUUUGGAUUCUUAUCUUUUGGGAAGGAUGAGGAUGCUGAUGCAGCAAUUCAUGCUUGUGACGAGACUGAGUGGAAUGGAAGGAUCAUUCUUGUGGAGAAGUCAAAGGCACCAACAUGGUGAACCUUCAACAUUGGAGCUCUGCACACCGUUGUUUAAGAGGGACCUUGUUGCUUCAUUUUGCACAGAGCUACUGUUCAAAAAGUAUCCUAUUAUCGGUAUGACAUACUCGGUACAUGUGGCAAAUUCACCCAAACCCAGCUCUUGAUGCUGUACUAGGCGUAAGAGUAAUAAUGCACUUCCUUUGGCUAUCUUGUCGACAGUUAUAAAGAAUAAGAUGUAACGUCACACCUUAGCUUGUUUCAGGGCCCUGCUGCUGGUAAGAGGGACUUAGUGCUACCUUUUAGGGUCUGCAACCUCUACACAUGGAAUGUGAUACUGUGUCUGUUCGUGAGCUAGCAGUUCUGAUCUUACUUCUUCGCCUUCAUCCCUGGUAAACUUGGAUGACCAAGUGGCUCGCUGAUGGCACAAAUGGGUACGAGGAAAAUUCAAGCUUGUGACGCUGUUGCUACUCAAUGAUUUAGUAGUUGAAUAAUUUAUAUAGGUUUUAUCUGUUUGCAUCCUCUGAAUGAGGGUUUGACAUAUGUCCUAUAGUUUGUGUUUGAAUUGAAUUCCAGAUUCUCGAUGUUGAAUAUGGUCGCCACAUUUAGAACCCUUCUGUUGGCCAUCAUACAUUUUCUGCUGACAUGGUUUCCCUGCCUGUACACUUGAAUUCGGACCUUUCUAUUUAGGCAAUAUUAUUUAUGUAUGUCGAAA